AUGCCGGACCGCAACAAUAACCACACGGCCCGCGACGCCGCCGCCGCCCUCUCCAUGAACCUCUCCUCCUCCUCCUCCCCGCGUCAAGCCACCGCCUCCCCUCGCUCCCGCGGCUCCUCAACAGACACCACACCCACGCACUCACCGACUUCUUCCCCGGGCCCCCGCGUCGGUCCCAACGGCGAAGACCUUCCGCAAUGGGCCCGUCCCUCGGCCUCUAACAUCCGCCGUCUCUCCUCCGGCCGUCCCUAUUCCGUCUCCCGAAACGCUUCGCACCGCACCUCUACCGCUGCCGGCGGCGGCGGCGGCGGCGGGCGUGUCAGCCAGCUCAAAACCCUCGCCCUCCGAGCCAUCUCCACGGAUCGCCAUCUCGUGGCCCUUGCCAUCUUCUUCUCGCUGAGCGUCGUAGCGCUCGUCUACUCCCACGCCAUCUUCGCGUCGCUCGGUCCGCUGGCAGAGAAAUGGCGAGCGUUGCCCUUCGGCUGGCUUAUUUGUUUCGGCCUGGUGUUCAUGACGGCGUUCCCCCCGAUCAUCGGUUACUCUACCGCCGUGACCGUCGCGGGAUUCGUGUACGGGUUUCCCUGGGGCUGGCCGAUUGCGGCGGCGGCGACGGUGUGCGGGUCCACGUGCAGCUUUUUGGCGUCGAGGGGCGUAUUGGCGGGCUAUGUGAAUCGGUUGGUCGGGCGGGAUAAGCGGUUUGUGGCGCUGGGACAGGUGCUGCGGAGGGAUGGCUUGGGUGUCCUGGCUAUGGUCAGGUUCAGUCCGUUGCCAUAUAGUUUGAGCAACGGGUUUUUGGCGACGGUGCCGAGGUUGAGGGUGGGCGGGUUUGCGGUUGCUACUGGGUUGGCUACCCCCAAACUCUUCGUCCACAUCUUCAUCGGCUCCCGCCUCGCCCUCCUCGCCUCCUCGGGCGACAAGAUGACCACCCGCGACCGCGCAAUCAACUACGUCUCCAUGCUCGUCUUCGGCGCCGUCGGCGCCGCCGUCGGCUACCUCAUCUGGAAGCGGACCAUGUCGCGGGCCGAGGAGCUGGCGCACGAGGAAGGACUGGACGGGGUUGACGCGCUCGCCGCUGCUGCCGGCACCACGGCCGCUGGGGAGGUUCAUCGCACGGCGGACGGCACGCUCGAGGUGGACGAUGACGAGGAGGAUUAUGCGGACUUGGAGGGUAAUACCGGCGGGAGAUUGUUGGUUGGUGGGAAUGCGGGCAGGGAACAGGAUUUGAGGAGGCAGAGUAGCGAGAGCGACAUCUCGCUGUGGGAGACAGAUCGGUAUAGGGAUAGUUGGGAUGAGGAGGCCAAUUUGGAGGGCAGGAAGUAA